AAUCGCCUACACAUCAUGUCCUGCUUCUCCUCCCGCCUUGGCGCCUCCUGCGGGGUCCGCGCCUUCAGCUGUGCCUCAGCCUGUGGCCCCCGACCUGGACGCUGCUGCAUCUCCGCAGCCCCCUACCGCGGCAUCUCCUGCUACCGUGGACUCUCCGGGGGCUUCGGUAGUCGCAGUGUCUGCGGGACCUUCCGCUCAGGCUCCUGUGGAAGAAGCUUCGGAUACCGCUCUGGAGGAGUCUGUGGGCCCACACCCCCCUGCAUCACCAGUGUCUCUGUCAAUGAGAGCCUGCUCACACCCCUCAACCUGGAGAUCGACCCCAAUGCUCAGUGUGUGAAGCAUGAGGAGAAGGAACAGAUCAAGUGCCUCAACAGCAAGUUCGCAGCCUUCAUCGACAAGGUGCGCUUCCUGGAGCAGCAGAACAAGCUGCUGGAGACCAAGUGGCAGUUCUACCAGAACCGCAAGUGCUGCGAGAGCAACGUGGAGCCCCUGUUUGAGGGCUACAUCGAGACCCUGAGGAGGGAGGCUGAGUGUGUGGAGGCUGACAGUGGGCGGCUGGCUGCUGAGCUCAACCACGUGCAGGAGGCCAUGGAGGGCUACAAGAAGAGGUAUGAAGAGGAAGUGGCACUCAGGGCCACUGCUGAGAAUGAAUUUGUGGCCCUGAAGAAGGAUGUGGACUGUGCCUACCUCCGUAAGUCAGACCUGGAAGCCAACGCAGAAGCACUGACAGAGGAGAUCGACUUCCUGCGGCGACUGUAUGAGGAGGAGACCCGAAUCCUCCAUGCCCACAUCUCAGACACCUCUGUCAUCGUCAAGAUGGACAACAGCAGGGACCUGAACAUGGACUGCAUCGUGGCUGAAAUCAAGGCUCAGUAUGAUGACAUUGCCACCCGCAGCCGGGCAGAGGCCGAGUCCUGGUACCGCACUAAGUGCGAGGAGAUAAAGGCCACAGUGAUCCGGCACGGGGAGACCCUGCGCCGCACCAGAGAGGAGAUCAAUGAGCUGAACCGCAUCAUCCAGAGGCUGACAGCUGAGAUUGAGAACGCCAAGUGCCAGAACACCAAGCUGGAGGCUGCAGUGACCCAGUCUGAGCAGCAGGGAGAGGCCGCCCUCACUGAUGCCCGCUGCAAGCUGGCUGAGCUGGAGGCUGCCCUACAGAAGGCCAAGCAGGACAUGGCCUGCCUGCUCAAGGAGUACCAGGAGGUGAUGAACUCCAAGCUGGGGCUGGACAUCGAGAUCGCCACCUACAGGCGCCUGCUGGAGGGCGAGGAGCACAGGCUGUGUGAGGGUGUGGGCUCUGUGAAUGUCUGUGUCAGCAGCUCUCGAGGUGGAGUCACAUGUGGGGGCCUCACAUAUGGCACAACCCCAGGGCGCCAGAUUGCCUCUGGCCCCUCUGCCACCGGGGGCAGCAUCGCAGUGAUGGCCCCUGACUCCUGCUCUCCUUGCCAGCCACGAUCCUCCAGCUUCAGCUGUGGGAGCAGCCGCUCAGUACGCUUUGCUUAGUGCCAGGACCUUCAACUGAGUAACCUGUCUGCCCAUGAAUGGAGUGAUGUGUGAAUGGAAAAUGUGUGCUUGCUUCCGGAAUAUUCCAGAUGGUCCUGUAGGAGGAAAGAGCUCAGGGCCACUCUCCUCCACCUUCUCCUUUUAGGGAGUUGUUUCUCAGUU